GAAUAGCCAAUCAGGUGACGCGGCGGCUGGAGUUUAAAACCUGGGGCGAGAGGCGUGCGCAGCGCUGUGUGACCGUUACUGGUGGCUACUGAGAGCGGUGUGACGAUUAAGGGAUCAUGGCGCAGUUUGUAUUUGAAAAUGAUCUAAACAGUAUUCUCAAGCUGGAUGCACCAAUCCCGAAUGCACCUCUUGCAAGAUGGCAGCGGAAGGCGAAGGAAGGGAGCUGCUCCUUUGCGAACACAUCGGUGAACACUAGUGUUCUAUCGCCCAUGAAGGCUGCAAACCGGUCUCACAGUUCCAGCAAGACCCCUUCAAAAACUCCAGGCAAAUCCCAGGGUAAAAUGCAGGGUACCCCGUCCAGAGCUGGUGGUGACCGGUACAUUCCCAAUCGGAGCACUAUGCAAAUGGAUGUCGCCAGCUUUCUACUAACCAAAGAGAAUGAGCCGACUGACCAGUCUCCCACAAAGAAGGAGCAGCAGAAAGCCUGGGCUGUCAACCUUAAUGGGUUUGACAUGGAAGAGGCAAAAAUCCUGAGGCUUGGCGGCAAAUCACUUAAUGCCCCUGAAGGUUAUCAGAACAAUUUGAAGGUCCUCUACAGCCAAAAAACAACCCCAGGUUCUAGUAAAAAAUCCGGCAGAUACAUCCCCUCCAUGCCUGACAGAGUUCUCGACGCCCCAGAGAUCAGGAACGAUUACUAUCUUAAUCUGAUUGACUGGAGCUCCCAGAAUCUCCUGGCUGUAGCGCUGAAUGACUCGGUCUAUCUGUGGAAUUACCUAUGUGGGGACAUAACUCUGCUGCUGCAGAUGGAGAACUCGGAGGAGUAUAUUUCAUCUGUCUCUUGGAUCAAAGAAGGCAAUUAUCUGGCAGUAGGGACCAGCAACGCUGAAGUACAGCUGUGGGAUGUACAGCAGCAGAAGCGGCUCCGGAACAUGGUCAGCCACUCCUCUCGUGUUGGUGCGCUCAGCUGGAACAACCAUAUCCUUUCCAGCGGUUCCCGGACAGGUCACAUUCAUCAUCACGAUGUCAGGGUGGCUCAGCAUCAUGUGGCUACCCUGACUGGCCAUACACAAGAGGUCUGCGGGCUGAAGUGGUCUCCGGAUGGGCGCUAUCUUGCCAGUGGGGCAAACGAUAACCUCGUAAACAUCUGGCCCUGUAACCAGGGUGAUUCUGGAGAGUUUACACCUGUACAAACCUUCACACAACAUCAAGGUGCUGUCAAGGCUGUGGCAUGGUGCCCAUGGCAGUCCAACGUCUUGGCAACUGGUGGUGGAACGAGUGACAGACACAUCAGAAUUUGGAAUGUGUGCUCUGGAACUUGCUUAAAUGCAGUAGACACCCACUCCCAGGUGUGUUCUAUAUUGUGGUCCACGAGCUACAAAGAAGUGAUCUCUGGGCAUGGGUUUGCCCAGAACCAGCUGGUGAUCUGGAAGUAUCCUACAAUGUCCAGAGUUGCAGAAUUAAAGGGGCACAGCGCUCGGGUCCUCAACCUGGCAAUGAGCCCAGAUGGCUCCACGGUGGCCUCUGCAGCAGCCGACGAGACGCUCCGGCUAUGGAAGUGCUUUGAGGUUGAUCCAGUUACAAAGAAGGAAAAGGAGAAGGCACGGAGCAGUAAGAGCCUAAUUCAUCAGAGCAUCCGCUGAGGAACGUCACCCCCCUCCCCCAUGUGUUUUUAAACUGCAAAUUGUACAUUUACUUGUCUUGGAAUAAAUGCCUGUUCUGUUUUUUUUUUUCUUUUUUUUCUUUUCUUUGUGCAUAAAUGUAGCCAUCAAAUCGCCUUUGUUUUAACUGCUCAUGUACAGAGCUUGGUUUUUUAGCUGUUGGAAGUUAUUCCUUACUGACCACUGUAACAAAGGUAAAUCUAUUUAUGAAGAGAACGGUCAUAAACAUGCUUUGUAAAAAAAAAGUUAUGUGCUGAAUCUGUAUCUAGUAAAAUCACUGAUGGCAGAAUAACUGUAUCCUGCGCUACUCACUUGGUGUGAUGUUCCUUAUCACUCUAAUCUUAGUAUAAGAUGACUUAAUAGGGACUAUGGGUUGCUUAUGCAGCGCCCUCUUGUGUUAUAAAUGUAGUAUUUCUUGGUGUCUUGUAUUACACAACUUGACUCUCACCACUUCCCUGGCCACUGCUACUUCUGCACCUUUUUAUUGUGCUGUUGCUGGAUGAGGCACUUUACUUUCUGAUAUGUGGGAAGUUGACUGAUUCUACUGACCACUUUUAAUAAAGCUGGAAAAUUAAGCCGUUCUCAUUGGGGGCUUAUUUCGUUGCUGAUGUGGAGAUGAUGCUUAAAAAAAAUUAAAGUUCUAUAUCAUUA